AUGUAUGAAUUGCAACAGUUUGAGUUUCUUCAUCAAGAUCAUCAGAUUACGAUGAAGAUGGAUGAUAUGAGACGAAAGAAGAAGAAGGAGACAAAAAAAGUAUCCACGAAAGAAGAUAGGGCUCGUGUUGUUGACUUGAAUUGCAUGUCUUUGGACUCACUUCCGAAAUUUUCCAUUGAUUUAGCUUUCAUUCGAAAACUGAAUUUGUCUAACAACAAUCUUCAGAACAUUCCAGAGUCGUUAACGGCGAGAUUACUGAACUUGGAGAAGUUGGACGUGCACUCCAACCAGCUCAGAUCUCUUCCAAACUCCAUUGGUUGUCUCUCUAAGCUUCAAGUUUUGAAUGUCUCUGGAAACUUCAUUGAGUCUCUCCCUGCAACCAUUGAAAAUUGCAGAGCCUUAGAAGAAUUGAAUAUCAACUUCAACAUUCUGAGCAAGCUUCCAGACACAAUGGGCUUUGAGCUCAUAAAACUAAAGAAACUUUCAGUCAACUCCAACAAGCUUGUCUUUCUUCCUAGCUCCACCUCUCACCUAAUGGCUCUUACGGUUCUCGACGUACGUUUGAACUGUCUCAGAAGUCUCCCAGACAACCUUGAGAACCUCAUCAAUCUUGAGACCCUGAAUGUCAGUCAGAACUUUCAGUAUCUGGAGUCCUUGCCAUACUCUAUAGGACUCCUCUUGUCUCUGGUUGAACUAGACGUCAGUUACAACAAUAUCAAAACAUUGCCUGAUUCCAUUGGUUGCCUUCAAAAGCUCCAAAAGCUAAGUGUGGAAGGAAACCCGCUUGUUUCGCCUCCGCCGGAGGUAGUGGAGCAGGGACUGCAUGUGGUGAAGGAGUAUAUGUGCCACAAAAUGAACUCCGGCGAUAAAAUGCCAACCAAGAAGAGAUGGUGGAAGGUUAAAUUAGGGACCUUUAACGGACAUGUGAGAAGUGGGAAACAUCUGAAACAUGAGGCUUUCAGCCCGCUUCAGUAUCAACCGAUGAAUGGCCUUGCAUCACCAGGCUUCAUGUGGAAGUUCUCGCCUCUUCGCCUUUUCUCACCCCGUCGUUCCUUAAGUUGA